AUGAAGCGCCACUGGAAACCCUCACCCUCAGCGGACGCUGACCCUCAGGCCAACCUCAGCGGCAGCCGCCGGAAGCAAAACCCUGCACGCGUCAAGUCAGGCUCGAUACGUGGUCGUAUCUCCGGUCCGAUCCCUAUUCCAAGCCCAAUGGACCCCGACUAUCACGAGCAGUACCAGGCGCGAAGUCUGAGCACGGCGGAAAUCGUUCACCCCACGCCCAUCCGCACGCCACUGACCCCCGAGCCUGAUAACUUCUACGGCCCGGACGGUGAUGACGGCCCCAAGCGACAAAAGACACCUUCACCACAGUCUCAGCGACAGCAAGAUUACUUCAAGGGCGCAACCGCACCCGCUGCCAGCAAUGGCGAUGAUGGCUCGCACCAAGAUGCCAGCAGGUCAGGGACCGCAACGGCACCCAGGACGUCAACAUUUAGCCCGAACACGCCCUCGAACGCGGGCAGCAAGGAUCCAGCACCGCAGAAGAAGUCGGGGUUCCGACAUACGGUGGGGAGCAUAGGAAGAUUGCUCGGCCUGCGGAAGAAGAAACGGACGCACAGCCAGGCUAUUGUUCGUACACCGGAGAGUGGACACAAGUCGCAUUCCACAAUGCGCACGCCGGAUUAUUCCGAGAAGAAAGAGGAGGGCCCAGUUCCAGAUCUGAGGCCGCACACGGAGCACAAGCGCUCGGCGUCACUGCCGCAGAGCAUGGCGCAUCACAGCCCACGGCUCGAGGAUCGCCCCGACAGCGCUAGGCACUCCCUCAGGCAGGAGUUUAGCUUCUCCCGAAAGUAUACGGACGUCUUCAGCAAACCAGUGGGAGGCUAUGGAAAGCUAGAUGAACCACUGGGACUGUCCCCCCGGCCAGCCAGCGUGCACGGCCGAGGCUUCCGGCAAAAAGAAGCACUUGGACAGGACCCUUGGUACCAAAACACAAACACAGACGACAUUGGCAGGGCGAUCACGACAAAGGAAACGUAUGGCCUGAAACGGCGCUCCAGGAGCCUGUCUGCGUUGGGCACGUCAGGCGACCAUGUCGUCGAAGGGCCUCCCCUCAGUGCAGGGUUCUCGUUCCGGCGAGGAAGCGUAGAUGCCGAUGUCAAGUCGCUGGCGUCGUCCGCACCGCCCAAGCCCGAGUUGCGGGCGGAAGUCGAGGUGGACGAGCAGGGCAACGUGCUGAUCGCGGUGCCCGACUCGCCCUUGAAGCCGUUUGACUUUGAUGUGGACGCAAUGAAGAAGCCACAGGGCCUCAGCAUCACGGAGUUUGCCAGCUUCGACCCCAGAAUCACGGCUCUGGAGACGCACGUGGAGGAGAUGCGGAAGGAGUUGGACACACUGAGAUCCGAGCGAGAGGGGGCUGGAUCUGACAGCAGGCGAGAUACGUUGAUAUCACCUGGGACGAACCACGAGAACACCAACGGGCACGGGCUUACGUUAAGCUCCUGGUUCUCCAAAUCGUCUUCGGAUGCGCCAGAUCGCGAGUCUGCCAUCUACACCCCAUCGGCCCGUGAUGGCCUGGCCGCCCCGCAGCAGGACGCGAGGCAGAAAGUGGCGGAGGAGCAUACUACUGCUAGUCUCCUGCACCGGCUGGAAGCUGAGAUACGGGCUCGCCAAGCUCUCGAGGAGAAAGUGGCGAGACUGGAGGCGCAAUUCGACAUGCUCGUGGCGGCCAGCGGCAAUGACCUCGCCGUAUCGACGAGGGCAGCAGCAAUUGGGAAUGCAGGCUAG